CUGGAAUUUCCCUUGAAGUACGGAGUACGUACUACGUAACCCUCAGGCUCAGGCGCACAGCUAUAACCCAUCCUCAGUAAAGCCUGCGUUGAGCAUGACAACCAGCUUCUCCACUUCUCUCAGAAUGCGUUCCACGAGGACGCCGCCACCAGACAUCCUCCGCUAUAUACUUUUACGAUUGCCGGUAAAAUCUCUCCUCCGUCUCCAAAGCGUUUGUAAAGAGUGGCGUUCGUUAAUACAAGAUUCAGAUUUCAACCAUUCAUAUUCUCACAAAGAACGACUGAUUGUGGUAUCUGAAUCAUCUGAUACGCCGAGACAUGCCAAGCUCAACAGAUUUAUCGUUAGUUCCGUUAACCAAAACUUUCAGCUUGAAAAGGUUUACUAUUUCACAGAGCAUUUGUCCCUUCUUAAUGGAACAUACUUCCAUCGGCGUCAUGUUCUGGGUUCUUGCAACGGAUUGGUGCUUCUGUCGGUGGAUACCCAUAUUUUUCUGUGGAAUCCAUCCACCCGACAUUGUAUAAAAGUGCUUGAACAUGAAUGCUUGAAAUAUUCUGUAAGAGGCUUUGCUUCAGGAUUUUGUUAUGACUCUUCCAGAGGAGACUACAAGGCUGUCCUAUUACUUCCCCAUUUUGUGAUUGUUGCCAGCCUCAGACAGAAAGAGUGGAGACAAGUGUCCUUCCCUUAUGACCUGCUUUCUCGCAGAGCAUCCCUUCACUUUCGUAAUAUAUUUCAUUUGGCACUAAACGAUGUAAGGUUUCAAGACUUCCGUUAUUCAGGAUGCGAGAAGAUUGUGUAUUUUGAUCCGGUUAGUGAAAAGUUUGAAGUGCUUCCUACCUCUAAAGUUAAGGAGGGAGGAAUCAACAUCAUAGGUGCUUUAGGAGUUAUACAGGGUUGUCUUUCUAUGGCUCUCUAUGAGAAUCAUACUAUAGAAAUACUUACCAUGAAGGAAUAUGGUGUUGCAGAAUCAUGGGUUACUUUGUAUACUGUAUCAUGGCUUCAACUCCUUGUUGGCAGCUAUUGCAGAGUAACGUUUUACUCUCUGAAGAAUAAUGUUCUCAUUUGGUAUUGGGGUGAAAGGAAGAUAUUUGUUAUUGAUAUGAUGACAAAAGAAAGACAGAAUGUAUUAGGCGGGAUAAGAGAUGAAAACAUUGUUGAUACUUGUUUGUAUGUUGAAAGUCUCGCUUCACCUCAUGAAUAUACUUGGGUUUAUGAGCAGCACAAACACUUUUCCAAGAAGAUCAAAUGGAUACAACCCACAUUUGAGAAAAUGAAUGAAGUAGAGGAGGGACAACAAUAAUUAAAAGAUAUCAUAUUAUAUGAGGUGAGGCUCAACCAGAUCGAUGCAUGUCAUACUUUGUUCCAUUUUUU